GACAGACAACACCAGACAACCCAAUCUCUUUCACAAAUCACACUCUCGCAAUCCCAAGUCAUCUAACCAACCAACCAACCAACCAACCACCUUCUCACCCAACAAAAACAUGGCUCCCUCAGUCGAUCCUACCAAGGUCAUCUUCUACCAGAAGAAGAACUUCGAAGGCUCCGGCGACACUUACGCCGUAGGCCAAGACGUCUCAGUCCCUGGCUCUCUCAACGACAAGUACUUCUCCGUGGCCGUCGGCGCCUCUGCAAAGGUCAUUGCCUGGCAGCACUACAACGAGACAGGCCACUACCGGGAAUGGACAACCUCCCAGGCUGACAUCUCGGACAUUGGCGGUUUGUCUCGCUUCCGGGUGGUCGACGACGACACGCGCGCCAUCUCUUUCCUGUUCAAAGACGCCACUGGAGGGGCGGACAAGCAGUACAGCUUGAAGGUGGAUGCGAGAGACGUCGGGACCGUGACGCUUUACAGUAAUGAUGGAGACGAGUAUGGGCUGGUCGGGAUCAUGCCAGAGGGAGGACCGCCGGUUACGACGGCGGUGUAUGUGAGGGAUGAGCAUUCCGGGGUUUAUAUCGCCGUGGGAUCGGUGUAUUUUGAGUGGAACAAGGACAACGGCGAGGUGGAUGUGGUGGAGAAUGAGCAUUGGCCGAAGCAGUUGAAGUCGAAGAGGACGGGGAAGAGUAGCUUUGAAGUUACUCUGGUUGAUAACAAGCCGUCGGAGUGAGAGUGAGGGGGGAAGACAACAGGGAAGAUGGACGCUGGAUGGCAUGCACUGGAUGAGGAUAAAUAAGUGAUGUUGUGAUGUUUGCGAGAAGCGAGGCAGAGAUUGAGAUUUGGGAUCGUGAAGAAACAUCGGGAUUGGAUAUAUAAGUACUAUCGUCGCUCGUUAACAAGAAGCAAUAAAUCAAAUCCAUACGGGAGUAUCUCUCAUCGGAAUUGCUGC